AUGGCGUUUGUGCUGAGGAGAGGCCGGAAGGGCCCCUUCAAACAUAUAGCUCAUGGCCUGGUCCCUGCUGCUACCAUAGCUCCUAAACCUGCAGUUCCCCGCACCCCUCCCCCUCGUAGUCCAAACCCUUCUCCAGAAAGGCCCAGAUCUGCUCUAGCAGCAGCUAUCCUUGCAACAACACUAACGGGACGCACUGUUGCUAUUCCUCAGCCUCGGCAGAGAUCACUUUCUGAAAGUGAUUCCACCUACGUGGAACAAGAGUGUUUUGAACCAUAUGCAACAGUCACAGAGCUCAGAGUGGGGCCCAACUGGAAACUUGAUGGUAGUGACAGAUCUCCUGUACAGUCCCUGGAAAUACCAGGCAAUUAUGGCGAAGAUGAGGACAUGGACACCUGUUUUUCAGAUGCUGAUAAAGAGGCGGAGUCCAGCGGUCAAAGUAAUGAGAAAAGGAGAGAAGGCUUUAGCACCAAUGCUAUUUAUGCUCUUCCCUGCAAAAAUAAAAAGGAAGAGCCUCCAUCAUCUUCUAGUACUAAUGCUGAUAAGAAAGAGGCACCUUCUCAUGAAACUGAGUCUCAGGUGCUGGUGGAUGAGGCAAACGUGCAAAUAGAAGAAGAGCAACAUCUUGGCUCAGAUUUAAAGGAAAAAAAAUCAUUGGCUGAAAAUCUGAUACGUGAAAAGCCUCCACCAUCCCCAGAUGUGUCUAUUCGGGCACGGCAAGCACAGGAAAAUAUGACUAAAGAAAAGGUCAGAGAACUAAAACAAGCAAACUGGUCUCUGAACAAGGCAUGCCAGGCUAUGGCCCAGCAAUUUGAGGGAACAAAACAGCAAAUGGAAGAACAGCAAUUAAAGCUGAAGAGGCUAGAACAAGAAAACAGAAGGCUUAAAGAAGCUACAGAGAAGUCACAAAGAGAAGAGGAGGCUGCAGAAUUACUUUUUCUCAGACAACAAGCACAAGAACUGGUAGAUGAAAAUGAUGCUUUGAAAAUGACGGUCCAUCGUUUAAAUGUAGAAUUAAGUCGCUAUCAAACUAAAUUCAGGCCAUUGUCCCAAGAAGAGCAUCUAAAACUGAAAAGUUUACCCAUGAAAGGACCACCACCACCAUGGCUGUUGGAUAUGAAGUAUUUGUCACCUCUUCUGUUGGCAUAUGAAGAUAGAAUAAGAGAAAAGGAAGAUUUAAAUCUUGAACAUGAGGAGGAUAUGAAGAAUUUUAAAGUACGAGUUGAAGAGUUGGUAAAAGAGAAUGAAGAUCUGCAUGAGCAAUUAAACAAAAGUAACUUUAUUACCCCUACAGAAUGGCAACAGCUGCAAACUCAGGCCAAGCUAGUCUUGGAAGAAAACAGAUUGUUGAUGGAGCAACUUGAAAUUCAACAAGCUAAAGCAAAAGAUAGUCACAGACAACAUGUUCAAGAAGCUUCAAAAUUGACCAAGCAGAUAAUAAUCUUAGAAGAUAAGAAACAGAGUCAAGAAAAAGAGAUAGCAGAGUACCAGAAGCAACUGGAAGCUUUUCGUUCUGCUUGUGAAGAGCUGAAAGCCAAGCUAGAUAGCAGAAUAGCAGCAGAAGAGCACUUUGCUUUGGUGAAUGAUUUAAAAAGCCAUUUACAACAGGAGCAGGAGAAAAAGCGCCGUGAGGUGGAAGACCUAAUGGAAAAGAUAGCAUCACUGCAAGCUCAAAACAAGAAGCUGCUUUUAGAGAAAAAUAACUUCAUAGCUGACAACAAGAUCCUGGAAACUGAGAUGGAAAUGACUCAAAAGACAAACAGGAGAUUAAAGAAGAAAAUAGGUCUUUUGAAACAGCAGUUGGGGGAAGCAAUGGAAAAAGAAGUUGCAGCCCAUCACUAUCUAACAAACCUUAUUGGUGUGGUGGAGAAGAUAGCUCAGGAACGUGAUCAUCUUAUUUUUUUGGCCAAGUGUUUGGAAAAUGAAAAUCAUGGUGUUCUUAACAAAAUCAUAGAAGGCAGUCUACGCUUAGGAAGAUUGGAAGAAAAAGUUAAGGUAUAUAAAAAGAAAGCAGCUGGGAAGCUUGGAGAUAUCAGUCUCAAGAUGACUGAACAGGAGAAGGAAUUUGCAGGGAAGACUGCUCAGUACCAGCAGGAAAUGAAGCACCUCCAGCGCCUGCUGCACGACAAACAGGAAACCCUUGAUGAAGUGCUGCAGCAGAAAAGGAAAGUGGAAGGGGAACUUGAAAUCAUUUGGGAAUCCACAUGCAAAGAAAACAAGAGAAUGAGAGAACUCUUACAUAAAUCCCUGGGGAAGAACAACAUGUGGAGUACUGUCACAGUUCAUGAGCCACACUUAGAUGAAAUCUCUCAGAAGGACCUAGUUUAUGGACAAGAUUUUAGCUAUUGUGAUGUGAAAACUUCAUCCCCUACUAAAACCGAAAUUCAACAAGAAUCUCAGUGA